UCUAAGACAGUUGCUUACUUCUUCCAACCUUUCAUCAAGCGUUAAGCCAAACGCCCGUCCUAAUUAAUAAGUAGAUCUAAGCCCACUGCUAGAAUUUCAAAGGAGUACUUAAUUGUUUUAAGAAGAUGAAAAUAUGGACAGGGUUCCUGGCACUCUAAGAAAACAGUUUUUAGAUGCUGUAACUAACUUAACAUGGGUUAAGAUAAUUGGAAUAGGAAAUGCAAGCACAGGAAAGACCAGUUUGAUCAAACAUUUUUGUGAAAGUAAGUUUAAUUCUGGUUAUCAGCCAACUGUUGGUGUUGACUAUGGCUUCAAAAUACAGGAAGUAAAUGGAAUUGAUUUAAGAGUCCACUUGUGGGAUCUAUCAGGGAGUGCUGAAUACUUUGAAGUAAGGAAUGAACUCUACACUGGUGUGGAUAUAAUCUUCCUUGUUUAUGAUGUCACAAGUGCUGAUUCAUUUGAAGCUCUAGACCAGUGGCUACGUGAAAUUAAAAAAUACACAUCAAGUGGCUCAGAGGUUGUCAUCGUAGCCAAUAAGGUAGAUAUGAAGCAGAAAAGAAUGGUAACACAAACAGAUGGUGUGAAAUUUGCUCAGAGAAACAAAUUAAGGUAUUUUGAAACAUCAGCAGCUUCAGGUGAAGGGGUAAAUGAAAUGUUUUAUGCCAUAUUGAGACAGGUGAUGGCUGACAGGAAGAUUCCAAAAAGUUUAGAAUUUGAACAUGAGUCCACAGCCCUUGCAUUAAGUUAACUUGAUAUUAACAGACUUUUUUACCUGACAGUACAGUUGAUUUCAUGUUUAAAUGUAUUAAUGUAACUCAGUAUCUUUGCCAGUUUAAAUGUAUGAAUGACAAUUGUAUUGUUAUAGAACUAUGUAUUAAAAAUGUGG